AUGUUUACAUCUUAAAUUUUAAACUCUAAGUCUUAGAUCUUCAGGUCAAAAUUAUUUUAUUCAAAAAGAAAGAAAAUAGAUGAAGAUUAAACAUACAUGGAAUAUAGAGAAUAUGAUUUUACAUUUGAUGCUAAUUUUGUUUUGAAUCCUAGUUAAACAUGCAUGACUGAUUUUAAAAGAAUGAUGAAAUAUUAAUAAUUGUGA